CCUCCUCAGCAGAUCUUGUGCAGUACAGAUAGGUCGACGCACCAUCAACAAACGGAUUACACCACCAGCGAAGUCGAUUGAGCUCAAUCGCAUCACACCAUAGCGAUGAAGGCCACACAAGCUCUUUUUGGACGGCUACGCCGCCUACCUCUUACCACGAAGCAAACGCGAAAAGGAUUCUACAAAGGAAAUGGCGUCGGUCACCUUGGUAGCUGGGACCCCGUAAACCACCGAGUUUUCAAAGUCGACUACAGCAAAGUCAGGACUUUUGUCUACCCCCUUACUGGUUUGGAUGGUUUUGAGCUCACACCAUUUGUUGGCCGCCAUAUCUCGAAAAAUGUUCAGAGCGAUGAUGGAAAGUGGUCAAUACCCCAGAAGACCUUCACUGGAGAGGAGUAUUUGAGGAUGUGGAAAGAGGAGGGAGACCAUAAUGGAGGAUACUGAUGCGAUUGGGGGCAUUGAUGGUGCAUUAUAAGGCGUUUAUGAUUUGAAAUGAGAUAAAUGUACAACAAUUGUGCUAUAGGAUAUACUGCAGGAUGAUAGGAAAGAGCCCGCACGCAUAUUGAGCCUGCAGGAAACGUGUGCAAGAAUGGACAGCGUUGAAUAUUCGAUGUUGUACAUUUUGAUAUAAGGGUAUCUCAGUUACCAUGAACACCCGUUCAGUGUUUUUGUAUGCCGCAUAAUGGUCUCCAUCACUCGUCUUUCCUUACGCCGAUGAAGUAGUUGCCCC